CAGACUUGUGCGUGCCCAAAUAGUGGACAGCGCGCUCUCACGUCUCCGCUGAGCAGCGAACGCACAGCGCAUUCUGACUAUCUUCGACUGCGUGGACCUUUUACCCAGCUCUUACUGAUUUCCGAGAGGAGUUCAUUCAGGAGAUUCAGUGUAUGGAGCUUUAUUUAAUCAAACUACUGUAACUGGUAAAAAAAUCUGGUGACUAAAUCUAGAAUAUGGAUCCACUCUACAAAACAAUGGAUGGCCCAAACGACACCAUGGGAAAUAUCUCUUCCAACUUCACGGAUUUAUAUUCUAAUCAGUUUGUUCAGCCUGUUUGGCAGAUUGUCAUGUGGGCAAUUGCUUACUGCAGUAUAGUAAUUGUGUCAGUGGUUGGAAAUAUUGUAGUGAUUUGGAUCAUUCUUGCGCACAAACGGAUGAGGACGGUCACCAAUUAUUUUCUGGUGAACCUUGCUUUCGCCGAGGCGUCGAUGGCAGCCUUCAACACCGUGAUAAACUUUGUUUACUCGGUGCACAAUGAGUGGUACUUCGGACUGGGGUACUGUCGAUUUCACAACUUCUUCCCAAUUGCCGCAGUCUUCGCAAGUAUUUAUUCAAUGACGGCAAUAGCCCUGGAUAGGUACAUGGCUAUUAUCCACCCCUUACAGCAGCGCCUCUCCUCCACCGAAACCAAGCUGGUGGUGGGGGUGAUAUGGGUCUUGGCUCUGCUCCUCGCUUUCCCGCAGUAUUUCUACUCCAGCACCGCGCAACUGCCCGAUCGCAUCGUCUGCUACUUAGAUUGGCCUGAGUACGAGAUAUGGGAUUUCAAACUGACCUACCAGAUCAGUGUGGUGCUGCUCAUCUAUGUCUUCCCGCUGCUGAUCAUGGGUUGUGCCUACAUGGUGGUGGGACUGAACCUCUGGGCGAGUCAGAUCCCCGGCGACUGCACCGAUCGUUACCGCGAGCAGCUCACCGCCAAGCGCAAGGUGGUGAAGAUGAUGAUUGUGGUGGUGUGCACCUUCGCCCUGUGCUGGCUGCCCUAUCACGUCUACUUCCUGCUACACCAGUUCUACCCCCACCUGUUCGAGGAACGCUUUAUCCAGCAGGUGUACCUGGGCAUCAUGUGGCUCGCCAUGAGCUCCACCAUGUACAACCCCAUCAUCUACUGUCUGCUCAACGACAGGUUCCGAGCAGGAUUCCAACAGGCAUUCAACUGGUGUCCGUGUGUUCCAGAAGGUUCCUACAAGAGUCUGGAACUCAAGUUCACCCGCCACCUCCAGACACAGGUCAGCAUGUAUCGAGUCAGUCGCAUGGAAACCACUGUAUCCACGGUGAUGCCCUUUGGAACCCCGGACCACACGGAAUCAGGUCAGGAGGAACUGGAUUUCCUGAAUCACACCACCGUUGACCUCACCCCCAACGGCUCCUCUCACAACGCUGGCAAGACCAGCCCUGCCCCGUCCCCCACCACCACCUGGACCAGCGAGGACUGAGGGGGCCCUGAGGUGGGAGAGAGUGCCUGGGACGAUGGGAGCUCCACGGAUACAGGAACCCUAUUAGGAAGCCAGUGUUGCACUGCCAUGGGUUUCAAAAUCUCAUCCAGCAGGUCGUGCAGGUUUUAAAACCUCGCUUUGAGAGUCAGUGAUUUAACUUGGCACCCUGGGACUCCUUACUCUAGGUAUAACCUACAUGUAUCAGGUCUUGGUGAGAUUGGUGAGCUUCAGCCCUGUCUAUGUUUUAAGGGCUGUUUGUCUCCAAGGACGCAGUGAGGAGAUGGAAUUGACGAGGAAGUGGAUCAGUUAAUCAACUGUAAAUAGUAAAGUGCAUGGCAAAUUACAGCAUAAAGACAUUUCAUCACAUGCACAUACAGUACACCAGAUGCAUGAAUCAUAACAGGCAAGCAGUGCAGGCAUUCUCAACCCAUCCUGAUGUCAGUGAAUGAGCAGUCGAUAUAUACGGCACUGAUUUCGGGAAAGUGACGCGGUUUGUUUGGUUUGCAAGUCUGCCCUUCCCGGGCAAACAUAGCAACAGAACUCAUCUGUCCAUCAAAGCCGUUGACAAGAGCGACGGAAGUCUGAGGCGCAGAGAUUCACACCUGUUGCUGUAGAUUAGUUAAACUAGGGGCGACGGUGAGGGAAAGAGGGUUUGACCUGUGGGGCAGGACUGGUUUACACGGCCAGGAACAGGAGAUGAAAGACGCAGAGCACAAAGCAGAGACACACUGCACAGCCCGUCUGUGUUGUCCCAUGAAACACAAACAGACACUCUAUCCCACUGUACCGGGCCAAGGUCUCCACCAAAAUAACCUCACCCUGAUCCUACUUACAUAAGCCAGACAUGUUCUGAGCCGUCGGCCCAAGUUAUACAUGAAUGUAUUUCAUGUCUGUGUGUUUUACGUCCAUUUGGCAAAUAGUGUUCCAUUUUGCCUCAGUGUGUGUGUUUCUGUUUGUGUGUCUGUUCAUAAGUGUUAAUUCGUUAGUUAACUAGAUAGAUAGAUACUUUAUUUGUCCCUGUGGGGAAAUUGGUUUGCACAAUCAAAAGGCAUUUCACACCAUAACAAAGUCACCAAUCCCCAUACAUAUUCAUACACAUACACACACACACACACAUUCACAUCCUCAUACACACACACAAACACACACAUACUCAUACACAUAC